UAAAACAAAUAUUUUAUCUCUAAAAUGAAUUGCUUGUGAUGAGAAUUUGAAAGAAGAAAGACGAUAAUAAUGGAGCGAAUAGUAAUGAUCAGUAAAACGAUCCGUAAUAAUUGGAAAAAGUCCACAUUCGCCGCAGUCGUCGUUGGUUACGCUGUUAAUAAAGCAAAAGAAAAAUAUGACAUCAACAUUCUCAUGCGGGCGGCCUGCAAGGAAGCGGCCAAGUACGGCGACGCUCUCAUCCCCAUGGACCAGAGCCCCAUGCUGGUCACCGUCAUCCUGAACCCUGUGGCAAACAAGCGGAAUGCUAAACAAGACUUUGAGACAUAUUGUGAACCAAUCCUCCAGCUGGCCGGGUUGCAACUGAACGUCAUUCAAACCACGGCCGAGGGUAAUGCGAAGGACGUCAUGGAGUCACUCAGUGGUACAGAAGCCAUCAUAGUGGCUGGCGGAGAUGGAACUCUUUCAGAAACUGUUACUGGUUUACUCAGAAGAAAUGAUGGUGCAAAUCAGUUUCCCUUAGGAGUGCUGCCACUGGGUCGAACAAAUACAUUUGGAAACACUCUGUUCCCUGGUGGUGAUGGAGUAGACCGAGUCAAACAACUCAUUGAUGCUUCAAUGGCUAUUGUCAAAGGAAACACCACUUUGAAAGAUGCUAUGAAAAUAGAACCAAUAGCACAAGACAAUGAACCACCAAAUCGGCCCAUUUUUGCAUUAUCUUCAGUUGAGUGGGGAGCAUUUAGAGACACUCUAGCAAGGAAGGACAAAUACUGGUUUGUGGGCUCUUUGAGAGAUUAUGCUUCAUUCCUCUUCAAUGGCUACAAGGAGUCACUAACCUGGGACUGCAGGGGCACCAUCAAGUACACACCUCCUUGUUCAGGAUGCAGCAACUGCAUACCAAAGAGGCCAGAAAUUAAAACCCAUUGGUCAUUCUUCAUGCCAGCCAAUGUCAAAGUAGCAAAAGAGGAAGAAAGACCUUUGAAUCCAGAAUGUCUGAAUGUGCAAGAACUCUGUUUCAAAAGUUCUGAAUUCAUAAUUAGAACACCAAAUAUAGAAAAUAACCCUGACCAGCCAGCUUUAAAAGUUGUAUUGGGAAAAAAUAUGUAUUCAUACACAGAGUUUGUAUCUGAAGGUUGGAGCCGGCUGAAAGGUAAUGAAUCUGAAAAUGAAACUGUUAAGGCCAGAACCAUUGAGUUGAUCCCUGAAAGCCCAAAAGAUGGUGUGGUCAUUGAAAUUGAUAAAGAAGAGUUUGAUGUAAAACCAGUCCGCAUUACAUUACUGCCUAAAAUUGUUAAACUGUUCUGUAACCAUCAAUUAAAUAGUAUUUAGAAAAUUUAUUGCA